AUGGAUUGGCUCAACUCUGCGGGCAAGAUUAUAAAACUCGCUACUCGAUCAGAUUUAUAUAACCAGUUUUCACAUUUAAAAACUGAUUAUGAACGUACUAAGUUUCUGCAUGAUAAUAAACAAUUAUUAGCAAGUACGAUAGAAAAAUAUCUAAAACAAAGCACAAAAAAUAGUAAAGAUGUAUCAAAGGCAACAUCCUAUCGCAAGCAAGGCAAUGACUGUUUUGUUACUAAAAAGCUUGGACAAGCAGCAUGGUGUUAUCGUGUUAGUAUAGCCAUGUCAAAUAAAAAUAGUCAGGAUAUGGCGUUGUCUUACGGCAAUUUAUCAGCUGUUCUUUUUGAAUUAUGUCGGUAUCAUGAGUGUUUACGUUGUAUUCAAUUGGCACAAGAUUAUGGCUAUCCAAAUGAAUUGAAAUUCAAAUUAGUCUUUCGACGUGCAGCUUGUUAUCAUAAAUUGGACGAUCUCAUUCGAAGCUCAUAUGAAUUAAAAAUUGCAGCCGAAUUAAUUAAACAUGCCAAUGGUUUAGAUCGAAAAAAACUUGAAUCUUAUUGUAAAGAAAUGGAACAACUUAGUCAUCAAAUCGAAGAAACAUUAUCGAAAAAAUUAUAUGAGGAUUAUCAGAGAGAAGCAGAGAAUAUGACAAGUAACAAUAAAGAGAAAAAGAGAUCGUAUAAAAAUCUUGAUGAAUUUGUUGAUAAUUCUCAGUCACUAAAUGGUACAAUAACAUUGAAACUGUCGUCAUCAAAGAACAAUAAUAAAAGCAAAGUACGAUCUUCUAUAUCGCCACCAUCUCCAUCUCGAAAUCUUGAAGACUUAGAAAUUUGUCGUCCACAACUCUAUCAUGGAAGAAAUGAAGAAAUUCCAUGUUGCAGUUUCGCUAUUCGUAUGAAUUAUACAGAAGAUAAAGGACGUCAUUUGAUAGCUCAAAAUCUGAUUCCAUCAAAUAAAAUAAUUCUUGUGGAAAAACCCUAUUCAUGGUUAUUAUUGCCAAAUUAUAGUUAUACAUACUGUGAUCAUUGUUUAAAACUAAUUGUGAUACCAUUCGUUUGUCCGAACUGUUCUCAUGUUCUUUAUUGUAGUGAAUAUUGUCAAAACUAUUCACUAACCAAUUAUCAUCAGUACGAAUGUGGCUAUAUUCAUGUGUUAAAAACAUUGGGCAUCGCUUAUUUAGCAUAUCGAACAAUAAUUCUAACUGGCCUGGAGCGUUUACUAACCCAAAAAACCAAAAAAGUAUCUAAUCAUUAUUAUUCCAAUUAUGAAUCUGUUAAAAAUCUGAUAACACAUGCAGAACAAAUGUCAACCGAUGAUUUAUUUCAUUAUUCAUUAACAGCUUAUUUUUUAUCGGAAAUUAUUAAAAAAACAAAGUUUAUUCGGCAAACAUCCAAUAUCCAGGAGCAAAUUAUACAACAAUUAAUUAUCGCUAGUCAUUUAUUGAGACAUAUACAACAAAUGAUAUUCAAUUCACAAACAAUAUCGGUUAAGAGAAAAAAUAUCAAAUCGAAACGACAACAAAAGGAUCCAACGUCGACUGGUAAUACUAACACUAUUAAAGAGCAACAACAUCAAACUAAGAAAAAGAAAAAAUAUAACAAAAACGGGACGAAUAAUGUUAGAAAUGAUACAAAAGCAAGAGUGAAUGAUAUAUCAAAUAAUGUAAAUAAGAUAGACGACAUUGAUGAUGAUUUAUAUUAUGAUAAUUUAUCCGAAAAGGAAGAUGAUAUGUUUGUCAAUGAAAAACGUUUAGCUACUGCUCUGUUUCCUACCUGUAGUUUGAUGAAUCAUUCUUGUGUACCAAAUGUAACUUGUUCAUUUUAUAAUGCAUUACUCAUUGUUAAAACGUCGAGAACCAUUUUAACUGGCGAAGAACUUUGCAAUUCCUAUGGACCACUGAAAUCUAAUCUGUCAACAGAAUUGAGACAAUCGGCACUAUACGAACAAUACUAUUUUAAGUGCCUAUGUGAUGGAUGUGUGGAAGUUACACCAACUAAUGGUGAAAAAAUAGAAUCAACAAAAAAAAAUUUACCAUUAUCAUCUGCCGUAACAACUUGUGUUCUUGCUACAAAAAAUAAUAAAUCAGAAGAUUCAAAUGAACAACAAGCAACAUUGAAUACAUCUAAUUUAGUUUAUUUAAAUUGGAUGGAAAAAUUAGCUGAAGCUAAAAAAAGAUUUUCUAAUGGAACAAAUUGUCUAAUUUUAUAUGAACAACAAACAAAUCAUUUUGAUUUAUGGCAAAAGGGUUUAAUAUAUUUAGAAGAAGCUCGAUUAUUAUAUGAAAAUGUUAUUAAUGAGUUAAAUCUUGAUUCUGUACAUAUUUAUGAUUAUAUCGCUAAAAUAUACAACGAUGAACAAGACUAUGAAAAUUGUUCAUCGUGUUUAAAUCGAUCUUUAUCUAUAUUGACUACCUAUGUUCAUUCCUAUUCAAUUGAUUAUUUAUUAGAUGAUUUGAGAAAAUAUGCUCAAACACUAUUUAAUAGUAGAAAAUUUGAAAAUUCUUUAUUAACCUGUGAGCAAGCAUUAGAAUUUAUACAAAAACAUUCUCUUACCUCUACGAGUUGUCACAACAUAAAAAAUUAUUUAAAAAAUAUUGAAGAUUUAAAAGCUGAAUGUGAAUUAUGUAUUAAAAUGGGAUUAUAA